AUGACGGGUUGUGGAUGUAUUUACUUUGUUUGUUUCUCUUUUCCUCUACACUUGUUCGUGGCUUAUUUGCAUGGGGGCUCGUGGUGCACUGUAAACGGAAGUGUGGGUAGUGUUUCUAUUAUUACUGUUCUUGCCAUUUCCUCUCUAAAAAUCACUAUGUUCACUGUUCGUUCUGGCGUUGUGAGAUGCGCCAGGUUGUGGGUAUUAUUCUUUUCCAUACACACACCAGCAAUCGCUCACUCCGCUUCGUGGAAUGGUAAGCGAGCGAAUAAGCAAAUUGGGCAACUGGGAGGGUUUUGGAGGAGGGGCGCGAUGCACAUUCAUGAAACGAUCCCUGUUGCGAUUGUUGACCCUGCGGAGCCCAACGCUGCACCAAUACGGAGACACAUUGAGGAUCGCACGCUUUUUGCGUACCGAAAUAUGGGGUUCGCUCUCACACACUACCAUUCGUCUUUCACAGGCGCAAACCGCCAUCCAAUUGUCAUUGAAAACAUGAACCAACUCCGCGUUUACCACAGGCGGGAGUACACGUACAACUUGCUUCUCCGUCGCACGUACAAUGUGAAAACGUUUCAAACGGUUUUGGGAAUUAUUGCAGAUUCUAGAGAGCCAUUUAACAACGUGAAUCAGCUACAAAAUACCAAACUCUACGCAUACCGCAAUACAUCUGCCGAUCAGGAAGUUGUCCAUCGUUUUAGCAAAGAGGCGGUAGGUGGCUCAUACACGCCACCUCAAUACAUGAGGUUUGAUGCACUGAUCACAGGUCCUCAUGCAUCUGCCUUUAUUACUUCCUGCGACAGCAUAACCGAGGAGUUUGUUAUAAAUUUUGUGCGGGCUGGGCAUUACACAUAUUACUUGCACCAACAUCUCAGUAAUCCACGGUACCUUCCUGCUUGGGAAAAGAUUUAUGGUCCCCGGGGGUCGCGCCCCGCGAAGCCGGUUCUCUUUUACAUUGGCGUUGGGCCGCAGGAGUUCCCGGAGAGUUCAAUGAGUGCAGGCAUGCAGCGGUCGCUGCACGCCAUGGUUGAACGUUGUGUUGAUUGUGUGGAGACACCGCCACCGGGGAUUGCGGCAGAUUUAAUUCCCUUUUCUGUACGUGAAACCGCUCGAAAGUACGGCGUUCGAUUGCUGCAGCGAUGGCGAAUGCGCUACUUCGCACUCCGAUGUUAA